AUGCACCGGCAGAUAUCCCGAAGGCGGCCAAUCAGACCGAGCAACCCAUUUGAAGAAAUCUGGGUUGAUUGGACCGAUCUUACGGAAGACUACCAAGGCUAUGUUCGAGUUAUGUUUAUCACGGAUGCAUAUUCAGGUCUUGUUUUUCCUUAUUUUCUGAAGAGCCAUGGUUUAGGCAAAGAAAACCGAAGAAUUCUGAGAGACUUCUUCAACUGGAUAGAAGUUCAGUACAGCUUCAAGCCAAAAGCCAUACGAUCAGACGGUGAGCUAUUCAGCAAGGAAGUCCGGAAAGAACUGAAACUUCGAUCCAUUGAAGCAAAGAGGUCAGCCCCGAAUACUCAGGCCCAGAAUGGAGGCGCCGAGAGAUCAGGGGGUGUUAUCAUGGAGAAAGCCCGUACUAUGCGAAUAGCAGCAAAGUUACCACAUAACCUAUGGAAGGAUAUUGUGGAGGCUGCAUGUUAUCUACGCAACCGCACUCCUCUUGAACGAAACAAGUGGAAUAGCCCAUUCGGAAGUGCUUUUAAGAAGCAACCGAUACUUAGUCAUUUAAAGGCUUAUGGUUGUAAGGCUUUUGCAAUGACUGCAGAUGCCCAACUCAAGCUUCAUAGAAAGCAUAAGCUUGAACCGAGAGCACAUGUCGGGUAUCUUGUAGGCUACCAAUCCUCAAAUAUCUACAAGAUAUGGGUCCCGCAAAAGAAUAAGGUUAUCUUAACCCGAGAUGUUAUCUUCAACGAAUCAGCUUUCUUUGAGAACAAGAUAGCUCAACCCGAACUACGACAAACCAUAAGUCAGCUGCUGGAAGAAAUUGAAAUCCCAGAAGAACAGCAAGAUAUGGAGUCUAUGCUCGAAGAAGAAACAUUCGAAUAUUCUGAUGAAUCAGAUGAAGAAGAGAUUCUGGAUGAAAUCGUUGUGAACACAGGCACGCAGGAUGAACCAGACGGGAAGGACGAUGAAGAUGCAUGUGAAAGGUCAGAAGAGCUAGGUUAUAUAACGCCGCCUCUGACAGACCCGGAGCUUGAAGAGAGCCCAGAGGCAAUAUUCACAGCCAAUCUUCCAAUUCGCCACCGAUCUGGCCAUCCUGAGGGGGUGGAUACUAAAGGCCACAACUCAAACUGCUGCGACUACAAGGUAGAGCAGGUCAGUGCCAACUAUCGAUUCCACGAAUUCCAUCCGAUUCGAAUUGAGACAGCAGUCCAUGGUGCAUUUAAUGCCGGGGUUAAGUUUCAACCGCACAAGAGGAAUCUACCAGAAGCUCCAAAGACCAUGAAGGACCUGGAGGGCCAUCCGUUCAAGGAUCAAUUUGUCAAGGCACAGCAAGAACACCUUGCGUCACAUAGCCAGAUGGAUUCCUUUGUUGAGGUGCCUUGGUCACGAGCUAAAGGGCAAAGAGUCCUUAGCUGCAUGUGGGUAUUUACCUACAAGACGGAUAAGCACGGCCAUCUCCAGAAAUGCAAGGCGCGGCUUGUUGUGUGCGGGAAUCAGCAAGAAAAGAAUGCUCUCCCGACUCGUGCAACAACGCUAGCUAGCAUGUCGUUCCGAGCGCUAAUGGCGAUAGCCGCCGAACAUGACCUUGAACUGGAACAGAUGGAUGCUGUCAAUGCAUUUGUGAACUGCGAGCUAGACGAAGUUGUCUAUAUGCGUAUGCCACCAGGUUAUGAAAAAUAUGGCAGGGUGCUACGUUUGAAGAAAGCACUCUAUGGCCUGCGAAGGUCACCGCUGUUGUGGCAGAAGGAGUUGACAAAGAGCCUCCAAGAGUUAGGUUUUCAACCAGUUCCACAGGAGCCAUGUAUCAUGACUAAAGGUCCUGUGAUGGUAUUUUUCUUUGUUGAUGACAUUAUCUGGGCAUACAGAAAAGCUGAUAAAGAAAUUGCCAAGGAAGCCAUAGAAAGGUUGAAAAGACGAUACUUAAUGACACAGCUGGGCGAACCAAAGUGGUUUCUUGGAAUCCACAUCCUGAGAGACAGGCGGAACAGAACAAUCUGGUUAACCCAAGAUGCUUAUAUUGACAAAAUAGCGCACAAGUUCUCCAUUCAGCUAGAAGGCAAGGUGCCAGCAACACCUAUGGGCCUAGAAGAAUUACUGAAAUCGGAGACACAAGCGGCAAAGAAGUCAAUCGAGCUAUACCAGCAAAAGGUUGGAUCCAUUUUGUUCGCAGCCAUUUCAACAAGACCAGACAUCGCAUUCGCGGUCAGCCGAUUAGCACGGCAUAACCUGAAUCCAACCGAUGUACACCACAGAGCAGCGGAUAGGGUGAUUCAGUACCUCUAUUCCACUAGAUCGUUUGCCCUGCGACUUGGAAAUAAUGAUCAACACAACACAAAACCAAUAGAAACGUUCAUCGGCUCGAGUGACGCAUCAUUCGCCGACAAUACAGAAGAUCGAAAAAGCUCACAAGGCUACGUACUAAAGCUGUAUGGUGGGCCGAUUGCAUGGAAGGCAUCGAAGCAGACCACCGUAACAACCUCAAGUACAGAAGCCGAGCUACUUGCAGCGUCAGAAGCAGCCAAAGAAAUGAUAGCUGCAGGAAGACUGCUACGAUCUUUAGAAAUUCAAUUGGACGAGCCUUUGCAAUUGGAAAUUGACAAUAGACAGACGAUUAGGCUGUUAAUUGAAGAGUCAGCAAAGUUGACCACUCAGCUUCGUCAUGUCGAUAUUUACCAGCACUGGCUACGCCAACAAGUUCAAAAUAGUCAAAUUAAGGUGCGUUGGGUGGAAUCGAAGGACAUGGUAGCGGACGGGAUGACGAAGGCGUUACCCAAGGUGCGACACAUUGAAUUCUUACGGCAAUUGCAAAUCGAAGAUAUUCGAAACCGCAUUGGCAAUGAAGCCAAGCUGGAAGAAGCUCGAAGCAAGGUGCACGAGAGAUUUCAAAGCCCUGACAACAAAUUAGACCUUGAAGUGAAGCUAGGUGCGAAGGGAGGCAAAAGAAUGCCAAGCCCGGGAGGCCCAGCUGCUAAAACGCGCUGA